UUCUCGAACCACUAAACACCAAACGCCCUACGGGAAGACAAACCCUAGUCCGGAGCUGGUCGAAUCCCCCACGCAACAACCCACCUCGAACAGGCAAGAGAAUCAAUAAUAAAAAAUUAGAAGUCUUGCUUCAUUUGUUCUCCCUUAAAGUGCCGAAGAUGGAAGCAGCGGUUUCUGUGGUUGGGUCUUCUAUGACACUUCAUCGACCUUCAUGUCCGGCUGCCAGAUCGGCUGUUUUAGCUGCCAAUGGUCCUCUUUUCCCACGUUUUUCUGCAAAUCUUAGCAAAUUAUCCUCGAUUAUGCUUUAUUCUUCUGUUUCAUAUUCAAAAUCACGGAGUAGGAGGAGAAUGCCUUUGGGGAGUAGAAGAGGCAUGGUUGUGAAAGCAUCAGAGUCUCCCGACUCUGCUGAACCGAAUACUCAAGUUGCACCACUUCGGAUGGAGUCUCCGAGCGGUCAGUUUUUGUCUCAAAUAUUGGUAAGUCAUCCGCAUCUUGUUCCUGCCGCAGUUGAGCAGCAGCUUGAACAACUUCAAACCGACCGUGAUGCUGAAGAAAAGGAAGAGUUGUCUGCUUCAGGCACAGAUUUAAUAUUGUAUAGGAGAAUUGCCGAGGUCAAGGCUAAUGAGCGAAAAAGGGCAUUAGAAGAGAUUCUCUAUGCAUUAGUUGUGCAAAAGUUUAUGGAUGCCAAUAUUUCCUUGGUGCCUGCAAUUACAUCAUCUUCUGCAGAUCCUUCAGGUCGGGUGGACACAUGGCCUAGCCAAGAAGAUAAGCUUGAGCAACUUCACUCAGAUGAGGCUUACGAGAUGAUUCAAAACCACCUAGCACUAAUUCUGGGAAACCGAUUGGGUGAUUCAAAAUCUGUAGCACAGAUAAGUAAACUUAGUGUCGGGCAAGUCUAUGCUGCGUCGGUGAUGUAUGGAUACUUUCUUAGGCGGGUCGAUCAACGAUUUCAGCUUGAGAAGUCCAUGAAAAUCCUUCGAAAUGCUUCAGAUGGUGAAGAGAGUAGUAUUGAGCAAACUGUGGGGGACGACACGAAACCUUCCUAUCAAGCUGUUUCAUCACACCCUGAAGUUUCAUCCUUGUCUACAGGCGGCAUCAGUCCCGGAGGUUUCAGUAACGAGAUAAAGCCCUCUCGAUUAAGGACUUAUGUGAUGUCUUUUGAUGGGGAGACACUUCAGAGAUAUGCUACAAUCAGAUCAAAAGAAGCUGUUGGCAUUAUUGAGAUGCACACAGAGGCUCUAUUCGGGAGACCCGAGAUUGCUAUAACUCCUCAAGGGACUGUUGAUUCUUCCAAUGAUGAGCUUAUUAAGAUUAGCUUUGGUGGUUUGAAGAGACUUGUAUUGGAGGCUGUCACAUUUGGUUCUUUUCUAUGGGAUGUUGAAAGUUUCGUGGACUCGAGGUACCAUUUUGUUACGAAUUAACUAUGUCAAGCUACAAUCCCUGCCUGCCGAAGCAAACUAAGUAGUAGGGAGUGUGGGACUAAGCUGAUCAAUUUUAUGAUUUUGCGUGUAAAUUUGGUCUGUUAUUUAGUAAUUUGCGCACACACUAUGUAUAUAGUUAUGCUCUACUGUUGGAACAUGUAUUAUCUGGUUCUGAAUUAUAUUCCAUUGCAUGUGUAGUGACACAUUGCUUGGAAUCCACAUGAUAUAAUCGCAAAGAUCUCUUCAAUUUUA